UUUUGGCGCUCUACCUACGGUCACACUGUAGUUUAGCAAUCACGAAAUUCGUUUAAACUUGACCACGAAAUUAAGCGAUAAAUGACGAUGUGGAUUAGCCAGAACACCCAAGUUCGUUUGGAGCCACUUAAGGAUCCUCCAAAGACCAUCCGAUACAGUUUCCUGAAGACCAAGUUCGGCCAGAUGAUGAUGGGAGUAAUAAGCCCAAUAUCCGGCGAUUCGAAAGACCAAGUCGCAAUUGGUGUGCUUCACUUCGUGGAUAAGAACAAUGUGAGUACCUACAAUGAAGUCCAAGAGCGGUGGCCAAAAUCCGAACUCUGUAAGGACGAUGAUGCGGUUAAGUUGGUGGCGGAUAAACUGUUCGGAGGCGACAAGGAAAACUCGCAGGCGAUUCUCAUUGCCAUCUAUGGAACUGACUUCCAGCUGUCCGUAUGGCAAGCUCUGGUGAAUAUGAAAAGAGGGGAGACCUGCACGUACUCCCAACUGGCCGAGCGCAUGGGUCGCCCAACGGCGGUCAGAGCAGUCGCCAGUGCCGUGGCCAAAAAUGAGGUGGCUAUCCUCAUUCCUUGCCACCGGGUUGUGUCCCAAAACGGAGCUUCGAAGUACCACUGGGGCGCAGCCCUCAAGCAGCAGCUGCUGGCCGAUGAAAAGUCACAGAACUAGUAAAAAUCGUUACUCGUAUCUU